GGGAGUGGGAGCGCGCGUGGGCGCACCCGCGUGUGUCGGUGCGCGGCAGCACGUGCCCGUGUCCGUGUCCGUGUCCGUGUCCGUGUCCGUGUCCGUGUCCGUGUCGGUGUCCGUGUCCGUUCGCCUUCAGCUGCAGCUCCGCGGGAACCGGCCCCGACCCGCCACGAGGAGCCGCCGCGCGUGGACGAGGCCGAGCGCGGAACGCGGCCCCGCGGGUCACGGUUUCCCACCCGGACGGCGCCGUCCGACGGACUCUGCCCGCUUCCAAGAUGGCGGCAUUGGCCUCCUCCCCGCCCACUCGCCCGCACCGGAUGUUUGCGACUGGGCGGGCGGAAGUAGGUGACGAGGACGAUGCGGUCGGUCACGGCGCUCACAAGAAGAAGCACAAGAAGCACAAGAAGAAGCACAAGAAGAAGCAGCAGCACGAGGCGGCCCCGCAGCACAACGCGAGGAAACCGCAGCUGAAGCUCAAGAUCAAACUGGGGGGGCAGGUCCUGGGCACCAAGAGCGUCCCCACCUUCACCGUGGUCCCUGAAGCCCAGAGUUCCCCCUCCCCGCUGAUGGUGGUGGAUGAGGAGGAUGAGCCCGGUGAGGGGGUCCCCAUCGAGCAGUACCGGGCCUGGCUGGACGAGGACAGCAACCUGGACCCCUCCCCACUGCCCGACCUGGACUCUGAGAGCUGCUUCCCCGCCCGCGAGGAGGAGGAGGAGGAGGAGCGUUGGCUGGACGCGCUGGAGAAGGGCGAGUUGGACGAUAACGGGGAGCUCAAGAAGGAGGUGGAUGAAUCGCUGCUGACGGCGCGGCAGAGGGCGCUCCUGCACAAGCAGCGGAGCCAACCGCUGCUGGAGCUGCCCAUGGGCUACAAGGCCAAGGAGCUGACCGAGGAGAUGCUGGUGAAGCGCGAGGAGCGGGCGCGGAAACGGCGGCUGCAGGCGGCCAAAAAGGCGGAGGAGAACAAGAAGCUGACGAUCGAGCGGCUCACCAGGACCAACAAGGCCAAAGUGAAGGCGCUGCGGGAGCGUCGCGCCCGGCCGCCCCCCUGCGCCGUGGUUCAGUACCGGAACAACGCGCAGCUCAUCACCGUGUCCUUCCCCGCCGGCUCCGCGCUGCCGCUGCUGCCCAGCUCCGCCCCCCCGGUGCCGCCGGUGCAGCUGUGCGGGGUGAGCGGCUGCACCAACCGGCGCCGGUACCGCUGCUCCAGCACCGGGACAGCGCUGUGCAGCAUGGCCUGCUACAAACGGAACCUGCAGCUGCAGGAGGCCGCAGCCUAGAGCGGGACCGGAACGACGGGGCUGUACAACGGGACUCUAUAACGGGGCCGGGACUGUUUAACGGGACUCUAUAGCGGGGCCAUAAGGACGGGACUAUAAGAGCAGGGCCGGGACUGUAUAACGGGACUCUAAGCGGUGCCGGGGCGGUAUAACGGGGCCGUUCCGGCACGGAGCCCCCCCCCCCCCCCCCCCCCCCCCCCCCCGUUCCCGCCGCUGUUCUCGUCCCGGGACUCAGCGCCGCACGCGGGGAGAGGGGCGGGGCUUCACGGCAGCGUCCCAUUGGCUACAAGCUGCGUCCGGGCCAGAACAGCGCUCUGAUUGGUCGGCACCGCCGUCAAUCUUCACGCGA